AUGGUGUAUGGGAACCACAAGAAAUUGAGAGUGGGUACUGGUAUUUUAUUCUCAGACAAGUACAUUUUCUCAAAGGAUUCUAGUAGCAUAACAAACUCUGUAUUGGAGGAGGAGGAGGAGAGAACCUCAAUUCCCUUUAACUGGCCGGUUAUUGGCAUGAUGCCAGACCUGUUCCUAAAUGUGCACCGCGCACAGGAUUAUAUAACCGAGAUUUUGCAAGAAAGUGGAGGCACAUUUGAGUUUAAAGGUCCUUGGUUCGCAAAUAUGGAUAUGCUGGUCACCAGCGAUCCUGCUAACGUCAACCACAUAUUGAGUAAAAGCUUCUCAAACUUUCAAAAGGGUCCUGAGUUUGAAAAGAUGUUUGACAUUCUAGGAAAGGGGAUCUUCAAUGCUGAAUGCGAAUCUUGGGAAAGCCCAAGGAAAACGAUCAUGCCACUAAUUAAUCACCAGGGAUUCCAGAAGUUUGUGGGAAUAACUAGCUGGAACAAGUUGGAGAAAGGGCUGAUCCCUGUCCUGGAGCUUGCGGCCAAGUCAGGUAUGGAGGUGGACUUGCAACAACUAUUUGCCAAGUUUACCUUUGACACCACUUGCCUAUUAGUAUUGGGUCAUGAUCCUGCUUCACCCGGUAUUGACUUGCCAGAAAGUCCAUUAGGAAAUGCCUUUGCUGAUGCCGAGGAAGCAGUCUUUUACAGACAUGUGGUACCCAGAACUUGCUGGAAGAUUCAGAGGUGGCUUCAAAUUGGUGCGGAAAAGAAGUUAACUAAAGCUCGGGAGAACCUUCAUCAAUUUUUAGCUACCAACAUCUCAUCUAAGUCGGAAAACUUGGAAGGCAUAAACCAAACUGCGAUUUCGCAAGAUGGAGGAGGCCUUGACUUGUUAGCAAGGUAUAUGAAAGCAGUCGGUGUCCUCAAAGAAGAGAAUAGAACAUCUGAUAUAGUGUCUCAAAAAAUUUGGAGAGACGCUUUACUCAAUUUAAUCUUUGCGGGUAAAGAUAUCAAAGGUGCAGGUCUCACUUGGUUCUUUUGGCUCCUUGCUUCAAAUCCUAUUGAAGAAAGUAUGGUUCGAAAAGAGAUACUGAGUAACUUACAGGUAAAAGAAGGAAGGUGGCAGUUUUCCAACCUAGAAGAGAUGAAGAAACAGGUUUAUCUGCGCGGCGCAUUAUGUGAAUCACUUCGCCUGUUCCCUCCGGUUGCAACGCAGCACAAAGCUCCUGUCAACCCUGAUAUUCUUCCAAGUGGUCACAGCAUAAAUCCUAAUACCAAGACGCUGUUGCCUUUCCAUGCGAUGGGCAGGAUGGAAACAAUCUGGGGCAAAGUCUGCUGGGAAUUCAAACCACAGAGAUGGAUUUCAGAGCAAGUAGGUAUUGCACAUGAACCAUCUUUCAAGUUUACAGCAUUCAAUGCAGGACCUAGGAGUUGCAAGGGCAAGGAAAUUUGUUUCAUCCAAAUGAAAAUUGUUGCAGUAGCCCUUCUCUGUCGUUUCCACUUUCAUAUCUUAGAAGGUCAUCAAACUGUUCCAGAUAAUUCUGUGAUACUUCAUAUGAGACAUGGACUGAAAUUGAAGGUUUCCACAACAAGCAUUUGA